UUGAAAAUUGUCAAUUAAAUAAAAACCGUAGUAGUCGCCUGAAGACAGAAUCAGUCACAGUUAUUGCUUAUCCGUUAGUGGAUCACGAACGUGAGCGCAACGCCUUCUACUGUCUGGGCAAGACACGAAAUAUUGAAGUAGUGAAAGUGUGCAGAAUUACUUGAGAGCAACAAAAACAAAAACAAUUAAACAAUACUGAAAUGAAACAUUUAAUUUACGUGUUUGCAGCAGCUUUGCUUUGCCUCUGUGCCACCGCGGUGCGGGGCGAUUUACUCGAUUGCAAUGAGAAAAUUGUGCCAUCGCUAUCGGAUCUACCCAUCAUUGGACCGAAAGUGACCAGCCCCGAGGAGAGCGGUGAGCAUCAGGUGCGCGAUUUUUUCAAAAAUGUUGGCUGUCAGAUUAAAAAGGGCGCUGAGAAGGUUUCCGAGCAGGCAAAGAAAAUUGGUACUGAGCUGAAGGAGGGCGCCAAAAAGUUUGGCGAGAAGGCAAAAGAUCUGGGUUCAGAUAUUAAAGAUAAACUUGGUGAUAUCAAGGAUAAAUUCUCAAAGGAUUCUUCGGAGGAGCUAACAGCGCAUAAGCUACUCAAUGUGGAACUGAUAAAUCCGGAUAUACUGAAAGCUGAGCAACAAUGCGGCCAUGGACAUAUCUUGGACGCUUUGGGCAACUGCAGUAAAUUGAGAAAGUAAACGGUGAAAAACAAUGUCAAUGCUUGACUCUAACAGUGAUGAUCCAUCCCAAAGAAUUAUAAAAUGUAGAGCAUUACUAAAAUAAUAUAUAUGUAGUUUAAAAUAUAGUUAAACCUUAUUGAGAAUUACAUUUAAACAGUCUGAUUCACAGAAGUGCUUGUCAGCAUUGCUAUAUUUGUAUAUAAUACCGGAGAUUCGUAUAUUAGCUGCACAAUUUGUUGAUAGAAAUGUUAAUAUUUCUCAGAAAUGUCUGUAUGAUAUAGUAUGUAUAGUAUGUAUGUAUGUAUAUCACGGUAUACUGAAAGACAGCAAUGUUAUCAGCGUAAACAAUGCGUAUAUACUCAACCAAAUAAAGCAAAAAAUUAAGAGAGAAAUUAAGUUAUUGAGAAGUAUUAAAUGUGGUAAGUAAGCUAUAAAUGGCAAAAUCUACAAAAUAAUCUAACACAAAAAUUCCAAUUAUUUUUCAGAAUUUCAUAUAUGUUCAAAUAGUAUAUUUCACUUAUGCUAUAAAAAUUUUUGGUGCAAAUAACGGUCCAUGUCCAACAUUUCAAGCAUUUUUUUAGUAAAUGAUAUAUUGGAACAAACCAUCACUUAAUUGUCGGCAAAUACCUUUCAAGAGAGGAAGAAUUUAUUUUCUCUUGAGGUUUGAAAAAAGCUUGCAAUCAUUCUUCGAGAAUACAAAAUUCUUAUUCUUUAUAAUAUCGAUAUUGUUAGUGUUAGUAAUCGAGGGCUUUCCGAAUAUAAACAGAAUUUGUAAAACCCGAAAAAGAGCUGCAACGAAUAUUUGACAAGAAUAUUAAAUUGAAAAUACAAAAUAUUUUAAGAAUACAAAUAAAGCAAAAAGUCACAAAAAAUAAAUAAAUAAGACACUCUUCAAUGCAAGAAGCGACCACUUCUUUGACGAACAGGUUUCCCUGAUUAGCUGUAUACAUACACAAAGGCCAAAUUCAAAACAUUUACAAGACCAAAUGCCAAAGGUGUGCUCUUCGGAUGCCCUUACCAGUGAAACACAGCAGUACGUGUAAGCGAAGAGGUGACGGCUUGUAAGAAAUGCGCUGGAAAACGAAAGAACCAAAAGAAGUGGUGCAGCUUUUACCAAAGGUAAAUAAAACAA